AUGAGUGCACCUGAUCCUGAUCCCUCAAUCGAUACUAUUGUCGUCGGUGGCGAUUCGUAUACACAUUCGGAGGAUGAGAGCAUGGUUGAGGACGACGGCCUCAACGACAUCUACGGCGACGAUGGAGAUCAUCAGGCUCAACAUGGUGAGCAAGCUGCCGUCGAUACUGUCUCUGGAGACAAGCUGAAUCAAGAUCCUUUUGACGGCGACGAUGACUACGCCAAAUCUUUCGACUCACCCAAUGCAGACCCUGAUGCAAACUCGGAGGACCAAGACGAGGCCGUUGUAUCAGAGCACCAGGAAUCGAAUAACGAUACUUCAACAGACGCGUCAGCGUCAAAUCCUGCCCCAGCAGAGUCCACUGCCGUUAAUCAUGUUGAUGAGCUCGAGAAAAAGACCGCUUCCGCAAAUUCUGAUGAAUACGGAAAUCUGACAGCGCCAAGCACAGCAGCUACGGCAUCUGUUGAGUCGUUUGCAGCACCACCAGUCCAGACUGCGCCGGAAUCUGUAGCGGAAUCGGACGCCACAGCCAAGCCGGUAGUAUCAACCUCCGAGCAGCUGCAAGGACCGCAGCAGGAGGAUCAGGGAGAGCAACCACGACCAGAUUUGACCCAAGUCGUUGCAACACAAUCGGAUACUGACGUAUCUGGCGGUGAAACUUUGUCCGCGACGGUUCCCAAGAAUGCUCACUAUAGCCAUGAUGACGCCUCAAAUGAUGCCAAUCUUGCUUUUGAUAUCCAAGAGCUGGUAAAAGAUAUCAAGGCUGCUUCCUCGCCAUCGCCUUUAGCCUCCUCCGGCUCGUCUUCCGAAUCUGAUUCAUCUGGAGAGAUGCAGAUUGAUGCGGAAUCCCCUCCACCGCCAGAAUUUAGUACUUCAUUGGAGACAUCCGUUCCUGUAUCGCACGCCAAUGUCCCGGUAGAAACCGCAUCGGUGACCGGCCCAGAGUCGGCAACGCUGACGGAACUUGCUUCCAUCCCACUUAUGCCAAAUGCCUCCCUUACUGCUCCUGUACAGGCUCGCGCCCAAUCCACAAAAAAGGCAAACGGCGGCAAAAAGGGGAAAAAGGAAUCCCAAGUGCCGUCGAAUGCACCCUCCGCUCCUGCCAACGCACGCGCUCCCCCGUCCGGUCCCAAAGGCCAAGGCCAAAACAAUAACCGCCAGGGCAGCAACCAACGCCCAGUGACACAGACGUAUGAAGGCUUUGUGAAUGAUGAACGUCGAUAUACUGCGGAAGCUAAAUGGGAAAAGUUUCCAGAGGGGUCCCGCAUAUUCGUCGGUAAUUUGUCACAAGACAGGGCCACCAAAAAAGAGGUUUUUAAUAUAUUCCAUCCAUAUGGCCGCCUGGCACAAAUAUCACUCAAGUCCGCAUAUGGAUUUGUACAAUACCACGCAGCUUCCGAGGCUGCCGAGGCCAUUAAACAUCUCCAAGGAGUUGAUGUUCGCGGCCGUAAACUAAACCUCGAAGUUUCAAAAACACAAAAAAGAAACGGCAAGGAACGCGAGCGUUCUCCGGACCGCACAGACAGAAACAAGAAGCGCAAGAGUGAUUCAUUUGACGGAGGCCGCGAAAUGGGGCGCAAUACGGAUGGCUACCGGCCUAGUUACGAUCAGCCUCGCAGAGGUGACAGACACGGUGAAGACUUGCGUGGUCGAUAUGGGGACCGAGGCAGGUCAAGAUCGCGAUCUCCCAGACCGUACUCUAGGAACGGAGACCAUCGUCAACGCAGCCCGCUGCGAGGAUCCUAUAGUAGUCAACGCGGGCAUGGUUCCGAUUCGAGCCGCGACCCGCAUCCUCACGCCAUCGCUCCCGAUUCACAGAUCUUACUACUCGAAGACGUCAACCGAGACUUUGUGCAAUAUGUUGAGAAGGCAUUCACAGGCGUGGGUCUCACGACCGAUGUCAUGUUUGUCGACGUAAGGGCAAUGGAUAGUGUUCAACAGCGUUUGAUCAUGCAAGGUGCUCACGCAUCUGUCCAACUCGACAUGCGAGCCCAAAAUAUCGGAAAGGUGACAAUGCGGGUCUUCAAGCGCACUCCAGGCGUUUCCCACGUCAGCUACGACGAGUAUCGCGAUCUCGACGUCAACAUCGCUGCUAGCCUGGUCUUGCAGACCAAAAAUAUGAGCCGUCCGCAGCAGCAAGCUCCUCCUCCUGCCUAUCCACCCCACGCCGCAUCGGGAUAUCCGCAUGCGUACCCGGCGCCGGCGUAUGGCGCGCCUGCACAUACUAUGCCUGCGCAGCAGCCUUUGAUGCCAGGAGCUUUGGGGCAAGUGGACCCUGCAGUUUUGCAACGGGUCCUCAUGCAACUCAAUGGAAGCCAGCCUCAAGCCCAUGGUUCCCCGACGGCUUAUGGGGCGUUGCCGCAUGUAUCGGUCAUGGCGCCUGCCCCAGCCGCACCUGCCCCUGGUCCUGCAUCGCAAAUCGAUAUCAACGCCAUCUUGAACAACUUGAGGAGUGCAAGCGCAAAUGGCGUUCCUGCUCCAGGGCCUGGGCUUGCAGCCUACGGGACUGCUGCGCCCUAUCCUGGUGGCCCCAAUCCCAUGUCUCCCGUCAACGGUGGUCCUGGAACGGCACCCCAUGCCGGAGCCACGAAUGCGAAUCAGCAUGUCCAAAACAUUAUGGCCCAGCUCUCUCGUUUCAGACAAUGA